AUGAUGCAGAAAGAGAAAGAGAGAGGUUCCGAGAUGGAACGAGAUCGAAAACCUUUGCUUAUGUAUUUCACCUGCGGCGACGGUGAAUUCCUAAAAACUCAUCAAACCUUUUGCAGCGUAUCAGAUCCAUCCAAAUACUACUAUACAUGGAAUUCAGCCUUGACAGAAUCAAUGCUACUAACUGUACAACACGGUUGGUAUCUUUGGCAAAACAUGUUAUCAAAAUAUGUUAGUAGUAACUUGUUUCUUUGGAGUCCAUAUAACCUUAAGAAAAUCAUGCUCCCGCGUCUUGUAUACGUAGACGAUCACGCUAAUUUUCGUUGCAUUUUGUCAUCUCCUCCAUCUGCAAAUGAUGAUCAAACUUGCUCCAUUUUUAUAUUUCCAUCCUAUAGCCUUUCGAUGUUUUACUACCAACUCGGAGAUGCGCAAUGGACUGAAGUGCACUUUUAUAAAUAUGUUGUGAGCGCUUUAGCCAUGCAGGGUAAAGAACUUAGGCUGGGAAGAAAAGCAUAUUUUGAUAACCCAGCUUACUGCAAUGGUCGCGUCUAUGCGGGUUUGAUGACUUACAAUGAUGGUCACUAUGAUUCUGUUAUAGUAGUUAUUGAAAAGGUUCUUAAUGGUUUUACAGUAAACUGCACAACUGAUCUCAUGGUAAAACAUCACCCAACUAAUUUUCAACAACUCAUUAGUCACUUGAUUGGAUCCAACAACGUGCUAUUUCGAGUAGAAAUUUCCCAUCAACAUGAUAGGGUUACUGCAGUUUUUGUUUACAAAUUUGAUUGUGCUCGACGAGUGUGGGAAAAAGUGGAAAGCAUUAAGGAUAAAGUGUUCUAUAUAUCCAGUACUGACUCGGCAUUUGCUUGUGAAGCAAUUAAUCAAGAAACUGAAGGAGGCCGUGUUUAUAUCGCCCUCACAAACUGCAAUUUUGUCUAUAUUUACAACAUCCAAGACAAUUGUUUUCUAACUUCUCAUCAUUUCUCUAAUUUAUCAGAAAAUCGAUCUUACUCAAGAUGGUUCAUGCCUGAUACAGAGAUGGCUACUUCACUCGAAGAAGAACUUAGAGAGAAAAAAAAUAUUUGUGAUGUAGUCUAUUUAAAGGAUGCAGAGGAAAAAACUUAUGAUGAAUGUGUACUUCUUUUAGAAUUGGUUGAAUUGAUUGCAAAACAUAUUAAUGAUGUGCUUGAUUAUAUGCAUUUUCGAGCUAGCAAUAAAUUCUUUCGUCUAGCCGCACCACCGAUUCAAUGGAGAUCAUCUUCUUCCAUGUCAAGGUUUGAUGAUCGCUCAAUGUGUCCUUUAUUUGUGUUCUCAAAGGACAAUAUCUUCACUUUUGUGAAUCCCAAGCAUGGUCUCGAGUACAAAUACAACAUAAACUUUCCUCAACAUAAUGGUUGGAGUUUGAAUUCAGAAAGUUGUUAUUCAAAAGAUGGUUGGCUAUUAAUGGUGUCAGUUAACAAAGAAUUUCAAGUUUUCUUCAAUCCUUUUACAAAACAAAUGUUACCACUUUCGCAUAAAAUAAUCGAAAAUACUAGUUGUUUUGGUAUGUCGCAUUCUCCAACCUCUUCAGAAUGUGUGACUGUUCAUAUGAAUAAAGAAUUCCUAUCCAAUACGGAAGGAUUUUUACAACACCUUUGGGAUAGAAGUCGUGGUUUAUUCAGCUUUAAAGACAAGGAAUUUCAUGUCUACAAUGUAAGUCCUGCUUUUCAUAAUGGAUUAUUUUAUUUUCUUAGCAGAACAGGAAACUUAGCAGUUGUAGAAGCAACAACAGAACACUAUAAUUGGAAAGUACUUAAGGAACCUCAAGCUCCAUGCAAUACUUGCUUCAACAACUUUCUAGUUGAAUGUGAUGGCAAUCUAUUGUCAGUAUUUGAGAGUCCUAUGGCAAAGGGGAUUCAAGUUUUCAAGUUGAAUGAGUCUACAAUGACAUGGAUCAAAGUAGAAAGCCUAAAAAAUCACAUGCUUUUUGUUGGCAAAACAUCCUUUUCUGCUGUGGCAAACAUUCCUGGAAUGGAAAACAAAAUUUAUUUUCCAAGAUUUUAUGGGCAGAAUUUUGUGUUCUAUUCUUUAGAAACAAACAACUACCACACGUUCCAAAAUGAUCAAGUGAUCAAUUUUCAUCAUGUCAGAGAACACUUGACUGGUGUCUGGAUUCAGCCAAGAUGGCAUUAA